GCCGUCGAGUGGCGUCGAGUGUCGAUCGGAUGUCCGCGGAGGGCGGCGGCUAUUCGCCGUGUCCGGCGGAGGCGCUGCCGGAGCUGAGCGCCGCCGAGCUGGCGAUGAGCCUAUCGCCCAAGUCGGCGCUGCUGCAGCAGAACCUGUCGCAGUUGCAGCUGCAGCAUUCGACCCCUUUCUCGGUGACGGACAUCCUGUCGCCCAUCGAAGAGUACCGCAAACUGGAGCUGGCCAACAACCCGCCGUCGCCGUACAGGUCCAAUUCGUCGGGGAGCAGUAUAAACUCUCCUCUCGGGCCGGGGGCCUCUUGUGGGAUGGCGGCUAAUCCCUACGCUGUGCCGUUAUACGGCGGUGCCCCAGUCCAGGGUUACGGAUGUGCCCCAGCUGACCUGCCCCAUUAUGGAGAUAUGCGUGGAGCCAGUUGGUACCCCGCCUCGAAUGACCCCAGGUUUGCCAUUUCCAGGCUGAUGACGUCGACUGGGGGAGGCAUGGGACAUGUGAACAACAUGGGCGGGCUUGCCGCCUGCGCGGGACCCGACGCUAAGCCAAUGCAGUUUCCUCUUGCCCAGAGGAGAAAAAGAAGGGUGCUUUUUACACAAGCACAGGUGUAUGAAUUGGAGAGACGGUUUAAGCAGCAGAAGUACCUGUCAGCCCCUGAGAGGGAACAUCUAGCCUCACUAAUACACCUCACACCCACACAGGUCAAAAUAUGGUUUCAAAAUCAUCGCUAUAAGUGUAAACGGCAGGCGAAGGAAAAAGCUAUGGCAGAACAAAACCAACACAAUCAGUCAUCAUCAUCACCGCGGCGAGUGGCUGUUCCCGUUCUGGUGAAGGACGGGAAACCAUGCGGGUCCGGUGAGUCAUCGUCCCCCGCGCACAGUCACUGUGCGACCCCUACAUCGGGGUACUCCGCCCCCCAAUCCUCGCAAGCUGCCUGCAGCAAUCCCCUCGUAUCCUCCUACCGGCAGCCUACGGCGUACCAGCAGCAGUGCUCGGGCUACCUUCCGCUGCAAGGCAGGGCUUGGUAGAAAUUCCCACAGCUUUACCACGAGACAAUGUUCAAGGAGGAGAUGUACUUUGAUUAAUCUGUUAACCGGUGGUUUUGUUUAAGUCGGAUUUGUUGUCAUGUUACUCCCGCUAUUUAGGAAACAAACUGUAAUCAGUGUGAAAUGUGUUUGGGUAAUUCGUUUUGGUUCAAGUUUCGUGUCUAAAGUCUCCUGUAGGAACAUUGUCGCUGGUAAAGCGUUGGGAUGCAGCCCAGUGUGAAGUGAUAGAACAUUAGUGACAUUGUGGACUUCUAAAAGUGAAAACGUAUUGCUAUCGUAUCCGGAAUAGGGUAUUGUAAAUAGUUAAUGUUAAGCACUAAUAAGGAUUUGACAUGACAAGACUAUGUUGCCAUAUCUUUUCUAUAGAGCGUUCGUCUAUCAAACUAACAAAAGUAGCUAUUACCGCUUGCAUCAGAAACCAAUUUUGAGUGUAUAUAAAAGUAGGUAAUUGUUGUGUGAAUAGUAUAAUUUAUUUACGAUCAGUGUUUUGUGCGUGUGUAGAUAGUUACGUGUAAAUAAGUAGACAUUAUAGAUGAAUAUUUUAAAUCAUAUUUAAGAGCUACAUAACUUCGAUCACAAUCUUUAAUGCAAUUAUUUAAUGAUGCAGGAAAGUUGAAAAACAAAUUACGAAAUACGAAUGUUUGUCUCUCAACUUUUCUUAUAACUUUUACCUAAAAAUAAAUAAUUUUUAAUCGAUUUAUUUGUUUAUUUUAAACGCGUCCAAUUAUUGCAUUUAAUUAAUCACAAAUUUACCUUACAUUAAAGCGAACAACGAACCAAUUUGAAGUAUUGAUUUUGUUAUGGUUAAAUAAGUUUUAUAUGAGUAUUUUGUAAUGAGCAAUAAAUCGUGUAGAUAAAGGUUUAUACUCUGUUAAAAAUAGCUUUAUUUUAUUUUAGUAUUCACUAAGUAUAUUAUUUUUCCUAAUCUUCAAACUUAAAAUUACAAAAAUUCCUAGAUACAAACUGAUGAGAAAAUUGUAAAACAACUUUAAAACUGUACACAAAAUAGGUACUUAAUUUUUUCACGCUGUAAAUAAAGUAGAACGUUUCUUAAAUUCCCAAUUGGUCACCGUAGUUGGAACCUGUCUAAAAAUGAAAAUGAUAGCAAUAAGAUUAACUUUAUUAAGUUAAAAAUAACGUUUGUAUCUUAAUUUAUAUUUUCUACGACUAAACAGUUAUAAUUAUUUUAGUUAGGACAUAGAAACGUUAUAACGAUUAGGUA